GUAGGUGGGCGUGUGUGGGCGCGGCCAUGGCCCCCGGCCAAGCUGGGCUAUAAAUAUCUGCCUGUGUCUGCACUGUGAUCUAGCUAGCAGCUAGGGCAGCUGCUCGAUCGAUCUUCCUCGCCCGCCUCCUCCUGUACUCGUCAAACCCGCAAGAUGCAGGGCUAGCCAUUACUCCCCUCAUAAUCUCCCUCUCUUUCCCUCCCUCGACCAUUCAGAGCCAAGCAAAGCAAGCAGGAAGAUUAGGAGGAGGCAGGAGGAAUAUCGGAGCGGAAAGAUUAGGUGGCCGGUGUGUGUGUGUGUGUGUGAUGAUGAAGAGGAUGGUGAUCCUGCGGCGGUGCCACCCGCCGCCGCCGCCGGCAGCGGCUCUCCUGGGCGGGUGCGGCGGCGGCGGCGUGCGGUACGGUGAGUGCCGGAGGAACCACGCGGCGAGCAUGGGCGGGCACGCCGUGGACGGGUGCCGCGAGUUCCUGGCCGAGGGGGAGGAGGGCACCGCCGCCGCGCUCCGCUGCGCGGCGUGCGGGUGCCACCGCAGCUUCCACCGCCGCGUCGUGCGGCGCUGCUGCUGCGACGACGACGCCGCCUCGGCGGCCGGCGCCGGCUGCUCGCCGGAGUCCUCGGCGUCCAGCACUACGCCGAGGUAGAAGCAAAGAUCAGAUCAGCAACAAUCGCAUUCGCAGGUGCCAAGCCCAUGCCUGCAAGGCUGCAACUCGCGCCUAGCUUCUGCUUCUUCUCCUCUGACUGCUAUAGCUAGCUCGAUCAUGUCUCUUUCCUAGCUAAAUUAUUGCUAUUGCCUUUUCCCCUGCAAAAUUAUUUGUAAGGUACCAAUUCAUCCCACGCUACCGUGUUUGUACAAUUGUACGCCUGCUGUCCUUUUUGCAUGAGAUUGUUGAGUUACCAUAUCCAUAUGAUGGCUUGCCGCGAGAUCUACAGAUGGAAGAAGCCUUGUCAGGCCAGUAUGCAUGAGUGAUGAAUUGAUAUCCUGUAUUUCCUAUCAAUCUAGCUCUCUGUCCAUAAAGUACAUAUCCUCUCCAUCCUAGAAAAAACAAGUCAUUCUAGGAUUCAAUGUUAUCCUAGAAAACAAAUCUUCUUACUCUAUUUAUUAUAUGCAUGUGCAUGUAAGAAACAAUUAG